AUGAAAAGUUAAUUAUAAAGAAGUUCAUAUGGAGAAUUAUCAUCCAUUCGUUCAUAUCCAACAGAGAAAUUGAACACUCAGUCUGACAGUGAAUUGGUUGAAGUUGACAUGGAUAAACUCAAUUUUCAUUCAUUUUACUAGCCCUCAGAUCCUAUUCAAUCAUAAUCCAAUUAAGUGGAAGGAGAGCUAUUCAUUAGAGAUUUUAUUAAAAGAGUAAUUGCCAAAGUCUCAAAAAAAAUCACUGAGAAUGAACAAAUCAAAAUGCUGCCACUCAUUGGUUAUUAAUCAUCCAUUGAUAGAAUGUCACAUCCGAUUCAAUAAUACUUUAGACAACACGAAGAUCCUACACUUGAUUAUUUGACUGGUGGAUUACAAGAAGAUGAAGAACCUGUAAAUUAAACUUUUCAAUUGAUAGGUUAGAUUCCAACAAGAAUAAUGGUUGGUUCAAAAGGUUUUAUCAAUACCUGCCAAGAUAUUGGAAGUAGAAUAAUAAAGCACUAAUUCUAAUCGAUAAUCCCUAACUGCUCAAACCUUUAAGAGAUCAAGAGUCUUAAUAUAAGUAUUGAAACAUCUUUUUAAACUUUAGGAUUAAGCUUAAAUGAAUAAUUAAAAAAAUGUAAAAGAAAAAGAAAAAUUACCUGGAAUAGUUGAUCUCAAUGAUCCCUUAGAUAUCAGUCUAACUGAAGAAUUACUGAGAGCAUAGAAGGAGAGAGAUUAUAAAAUUAUGUAAGAUCUAAAAGAACAAGAAAGAAGAAGAAAACAAAAAGAGCUAGAGGAGUAAUAAUUGAAAUAUGAACUUAUAUCUAAAGAUAAAAAAUCUAAAUCAUACACUUAUGAUUAUGAUGGAAAAUUGAUUUCUGUCACUACUUUGAAAGGUCAUAAAUUUCCACCUACUGCUGCAACAUUAGGGUAUUUAAAUUAAAAAUUAAGAGAUCCAAGUUUGAAGAUGGCCAAACUAAGAUUAACAUGUUCAAUAAGAGAAAAACCUUUUUUUAGAGUCAAGGUUCCUAAAUCAAAAGGAAAUAGGAUGAUGAGAAGGAAAAGGAUACUAAGGAAUAAAUUAAAUUUUAGUCUAUUGCACCUCUUGUCAAUGAAAAUAUGCAUUUAUAAUCUGGAGUUCUCAUCAUACAAGAAGGCAGAAUUAGAGAAGGCCCAAGAGAUCAACCAAUUAAUCUUGAUAAAAUGAGUGAUCCUGCUUUAAGGAUGGUCAGAAAUGAAUACUUGUCUUUGACUUAGUAAAUCAAUGCAUCCCAUAAUUAAUCAUCUGCAUAAUUAGUUAAAGCAGAAGAAGCUUAAGUUAAAGAAUUUUCAAAUGACUAAGAUAAAAAAUAAAUUCUGAAUAGAAUUCGCAGGUUAAGUCAACCAAGCAUUACAAGUGAUGGAAAUAUUAAGUAAAUUAAAGUUCAUUCAUCUAUUCAAUAGGAUAAACUCUAUGCAAAUAUAUGAGUAGGUGGCCUAAGUUAUUUUCGAAAAUAAAGAAUAACUUCCAAUCCCAAUCACUAAAUCUAAUAAUAAUACUACAAAAGAUUUACAAAUGAUGAAAUCUCCUACUGAUCAAUACAAUAUUUCGCUCUAUAAAAAUACAGCUUGGGGUAAAGAAGUCCCAUCUACUCAGAGUNAUAUCCAACAGAGAAAUUGAACACUCAGUCUGACAGUGAAUUGGUUGAAGUUGACAUGGAUAAACUCAAUUUUCAUUCAUUUUACUAGCCCUCAGAUCCUAUUCAAUCAUAAUCCAAUUAAGUGGAAGGAGAGCUAUUCAUUAGAGAUUUUAUUAAAAGAGUAAUUGCCAAAGUCUCAAAAAAAAUCACUGAGAAUGAACAAAUCAAAAUGCUGCCACUCAUUGGUUAUUAAUCAUCCAUUGAUAGAAUGUCACAUCCGAUUCAAUAAUACUUUAGACAACACGAAGAUCCUACACUUGAUUAUUUGACUGGUGGAUUACAAGAAGAUGAAGAACCUGUAAAUUAAACUUUUCAAUUGAUAGGUUAGAUUCCAACAAGAAUAAUGGUUGGUUCAAAAGGUUUUAUCAAUACCUGCCAAGAUAUUGGAAGUAGAAUAAUAAAGCACUAAUUCUAAUCGAUAAUCCCUAACUGCUCAAACCUUUAAGAGAUCAAGAGUCUUAAUAUAAGUAUUGAAACAUCUUUUUAAACUUUAGGAUUAAGCUUAAAUGAAUAAUUAAAAAAAUGUAAAAGAAAAAGAAAAAUUACCUGGAAUAGUUGAUCUCAAUGAUCCCUUAGAUAUCAGUCUAACUGAAGAAUUACUGAGAGCAUAGAAGGAGAGAGAUUAUAAAAUUAUGUAAGAUCUAAAAGAACAAGAAAGAAGAAGAAAACAAAAAGAGCUAGAGGAGUAAUAAUUGAAAUAUGAACUUAUAUCUAAAGAUAAAAAAUCUAAAUCAUACACUUAUGAUUAUGAUGGAAAAUUGAUUUCUGUCACUACUUUGAAAGGUCAUAAAUUUCCACCUACUGCUGCAACAUUAGGGUAUUUAAAUUAAAAAUUAAGAGAUCCAAGUUUGAAGAUGGCCAAACUAAGAUUAACAUGUUCAAUAAGAGAAAAACCUUUUUUUAGAGUCAAGGUUCCUAAAUCAAAAGGAAAUAGGAUGAUGAGAAGGAAAAGGAUACUAAGGAAUAAAUUAAAUUUUAGUCUAUUGCACCUCUUGUCAAUGAAAAUAUGCAUUUAUAAUCUGGAGUUCUCAUCAUACAAGAAGGCAGAAUUAGAGAAGGCCCAAGAGAUCAACCAAUUAAUCUUGAUAAAAUGAGUGAUCCUGCUUUAAGGAUGGUCAGAAAUGAAUACUUGUCUUUGACUUAGUAAAUCAAUGCAUCCCAUAAUUAAUCAUCUGCAUAAUUAGUUAAAGCAGAAGAAGCUUAAGUUAAAGAAUUUUCAAAUGACUAAGAUAAAAAAUAAAUUCUGAAUAGAAUUCGCAGGUUAAGUCAACCAAGCAUUACAAGUGAUGGAAAUAUUAAGUAAAUUAAAGUUCAUUCAUCUAUUCAAUAGGAUAAACUCUAUGCAAAUAUAUGAGUAGGUGGCCUAAGUUAUUUUCGAAAAUAAAGAAUAACUUCCAAUCCCAAUCACUAAAUCUAAUAAUAAUACUACAAAAGAUUUACAAAUGAUGAAAUCUCCUACUGAUCAAUACAAUAUUUCGCUCUAUAAAAAUACAGCUUGGGGUAAAGAAGUCCCAUCUACUCAGAGUAAUACAACAAAACUUAAAGGCAGUAAAGCUAAAGUAAAGUAAAACUUUCUUCAUGUAUAAUAGAGAUAUUUUAUCAACCGUUGGAAUAGUCGUUAAAAGAACUAGAGAAAGAAGAGGGAUAUCAGAAAUACAACUUCCAAGAAUGAAAAAUAUUUCUCAAAUUUGA